CGAAGGCUUCCAUAGUUUAAAAAAAUUGUCGAUCGGAAAUAAUCAGAAAAUAUAAAAAAUGCUUGGUUGAUAAUUUGUCACAACCGUGAUCACUACUAAAAAAAAUUCAUUUUUAAAUUACAAUCGUACAAAUGUUAAUUGACACUUGUCGGUACAAAAAACGAGCACAUUUAUAAAUUCAUUUUUCCACAGCCUUUUGUAAUUUCUGAAACUUUUUAUUAGUUUUUUUUCUUGCUUUUAUUGUUUUAAAAAAAGACAGCCUCCCGAAAAAAAACGGCGGUGAUUUUUUGCUUUUAAUUAUAGCGAUACAUUUAUUCAUAAAACAAACAAAUCAUGAAAGCUCUCAUACUCGUUGGCGGAUACGGUACUCGCCUGAGGCCUCUUACUCUUACACUUCCAAAACCAUUGGUGGAGUUUUGUAAUAAACCAAUGAUAUUACAUCAAAUAGAAGGACUUGUAAAGGCUGGAGUAACAGAUAUUGUAUUAGCCGUUAAUUAUCGACCCGAGAUCAUGAUCUCACUUCUUCAAAAAUAUGAAAAGGAAUAUAAUGUAAAAAUCACUUUCUCGGUAGAAACUGAGCCUUUAGGGACUGCUGGUCCUCUUGCAUUAGCUCGUGAAAUUCUUGGAAAAGAUGAUUCACCCUUUUUUGUAUUAAAUAGCGAUAUUAUUUGUGAAUUUCCGUUUGAACAAUUAAGAGAUUUUCAUAAUGCUCAUGGAAAUGAGGGUACUAUAGUUGUUACCAAAGUUGACGAACCUUCGAAGUAUGGUGUGAUUGUAAAUCAUCAUGACUCAACGUGCAUUCAACGAUUUGUUGAGAAACCUGUAGAGUUUGUUAGCAAUAAAAUCAAUGCUGGUAUCUAUAUUUUCAAUCCUACUAUAUUAGAUCGGAUUGAGCUUAAACCUACAUCUAUCGAAAAGGAAAUUUUUCCAAAGAUGGCAGCCGACUCCCAAUUGCAUGCAUUCGAACUUGACGGUUUUUGGAUGGAUGUUGGUCAACCUAAAGAUUUUCUAACUGGCACUUGUUUGUAUCUUUCAAACUUAGCUAACAAACAACCGAAUCUCUUGGCAAAGCCUGACAGCGGAUAUAUAUAUGGAGAUGUACUAGUAGAUCCUACUGCAAAAAUAGGUAAAGAUUGUAGAAUUGGUCCCUAUGUUACUAUCGGUCCAAACGUUGUUAUUGGUGAUGGUGUUAGAUUACAAAGAUGUGUUAUAUUAGAAGGAGCGCGAGUAAAAGAUUUUGCUUGGGUUAAAAAUAGCAUUGUUGGAUGGCAUUCAACACUUGGACGAUGGACUCGUCUGGAGGGCGUUUCAGUUUUAGGUGACGAUGUUACCGUUAACGAGGAGAUCUAUGUUAAUGGCGGUUGCAUUUUACCUCACAAAAGUAUCUCCACUAACAUUACGGAACCUCAAAUAAUAAUGUAAAAAAAUUAUCAGCAGAUUUCAACUGAUUGAUAAUUUUUUAAACAAAAACUUUGCUUUAAAUGGCGUUUUUAAAUUAUUAUAUGAAGCGAUCCAUUGUUGACAAUAUUAUUGAUCUCCAUUUGUUUGGACUUAAAAAUAAUAAUUAUAAUUAUAGAAUUUUUUUUUUUUUGACUUUUAAAAUUUUUACUGGUAGCUUUCACUAUAUGAUGAUUUUUUCACUAUUAUAUAAUUUAACAAUUGCAAACGAAUGGUAAAAUUUUAAUAAUAUUUAC